GGAAGUUAAAAUGGCUGCUAAACUUAGGAAUAUUAUCACAUCAGCAUUUAAAAUGCAUGGCCUCACUCUUCGGAGUGAGUCGAGUAAAUAUCUGGUGGAUGUUCUAUUACCAAUAGAUGAAGGUGACAGAGAAGGAUGGCUUGAUCAUGUGAUUGAAAUAAUUCAAAAGCAGCCAUUAUCAAGUUCAAUGAUAGAUAAGUCAGUUUGUGAAGCUGCUAUCCAUGAGUGUAAUCAAGAACAAAAUGAAGAAGGAGAGAAUGUUUUUUGUAUUAUUGAUGCUUUCAAUGUCCCCAGAUUUACUUACCAUCCUGAUAGGAAAAAAUUUAUACCGAAUUCUAGUCUAGGUAUUAAAGCACCCAUGUUACAUGGAGAUGCUGAAGAUAAAGCUACAUUGUUCCGAGAAAGAUAUACUGUCUUACAUCAGAGAACAUUACGCCAUGAUCUGUUUACACCACCUGUUUUAGGCGCUGCACCAGAUGAAAAAAAUACAAAAUUUCAGUUAAAACCAAUAGAAUAUUUAUUAGGGAGUACAUCUAAAUUAGGUGAUAUUAUUGUACUGGGCAUGCUCACACAGAUGAAAGAGGGUAAAUGGUAUAUAGAAGACCCUACUGGUUUUGUACAAAUAGAUAUCAGUAAUGCUAACUUUCAUAAAGGAUUAUUUACUGAGAAUUCCUUUGUAUUAGCUGAAGGCUGGUAUGAAGAUGAUUUAUUUCAUAUUAAUGCAUUUGGUUUCCCUCCAACAGAGACUGCUAAAUCUUCUAGGUCUUAUUUUGGUAAUAUGAACUUUUUUGGUGGACCAACUACAACCAGUGUUAAAGCUUCGAGUAAAUUAAAACAAAUAGAAGAAGAUAAUCAAGAUGCUAUGUUUGUUAUAUUAUCAGAUGUUUGGUUAGAUAAUGUUAAGGUAAUGGAAAAAUUAAAAGAAUUAUUUGCUGGUUAUAGUGAAUUCCCUCCUACCUGUUUUAUAUUUUGUGGUAAUUUUACUAGUGCACCACAUGGUACAGGGCAUAUUAAAACUUUAAAAGAGUCGUUUCAUAACUUGGCAGAGAUGUUGAGUGAAUAUCCACAUUUAUUAGAAGUUUGUAAAUUUGUAUUUGUGCCUGGCCCACAAGAUCCUGGUCCAGCUACUAUAUUACCUAGACCUCCGAUUCCUAACUGUAUAACAGAAGAAAUACGCCGUAAAAUACCAUCAGCAAUAUUCACUACUAAUCCUUGUCGUUUACAAUACUGUACUCAAGAAAUAGUCAUAUUCCGUGAAGAUAUUGUGACUAAAAUGUGUAGAAAUUGUGUUAAAUUUCCAUCUGAUGGUGAUGUUCCAACUCAUUUUGCUAAAUCAAUAAUAAGCCAAGGCCAUCUGUGUCCCUUACCACUUCAUGUUUCUCCUAUAUACUGGGCAUACGAUCGAAGUCUACGUAUUUACCCCCUACCUGAUGUGUUAGUUUGUGCUGAUAAAUGUGAUCCAUUUACGACAACUCAAGUUGAUUGUACAGUCAUGAAUCCAGGCUCGUUCUCGAGAACCAACUAUGGAUUUAAAGUUUACUACCCAGCCAGUCGAGAAGUUCAAGACAGCCAAAUACAGACAUAG